AACCCUUGGAAGCCCCAGGCUCUGAGCCCUGCUGUCCUUGGAGCGUCAGGAAGCAGGAAACUCAUUCCGAGUGAGGGUUGUUUCCAGGUCAGGAGAACAAUUUCCUCACACUCCUGACAGCACUCUGUGGUCCAGCUGCAGAAUUCUGGAUUUAAGUCCCUUCUUUGUGAGCUUUCCUCUUCAAAUCCUUCCGAUGACCCUCUAGCCUCCUGCACAAUUGUCUUCCUGGUGGUUCUCAUCACCUCUCUGCUGUGGAGCGUAAAUCCCCAGUGACUUGUGUUUGGUCCAUGAGAUCUGCAGACUGCUCCAGUUGGAGACAGCAAGCCAGGCCCCAGCUGAAAAAGAGCUGUUCGUCACCCCCAAACACAUAAGAACAAUCUCGCUGCUUCUCAAUUAAAAUGAUUCUUCCCGGAACAGAGAAGAUGGUGAUGAAGAUAUUGAUCUUGUUUGUGCUUGGGAUGAACUACCCAUCUUGUGCAGGUUUCCCGGUGUACAACUAUGACUCGUCCUCCUUGAGGGAAGCCCUCCGUGCGUCUGUGGCAAAAGUGAAUUCCCAAUCUCUGAGCCCGUAUUUGUUUCGGGCAUUCAGAAGCUCCGUAAAAAGAGUCAACGUUCUGGAUGAGGACAGCUUGAACAUGGACCUAGAGUUUGGCAUUCGGGAGACAACAUGCAGGAGAGAUUCUGGAGAAGACCCUGCUACGUGUGACUUCCAAAGGGGCUACUAUGCGUCUCCAGCUAUUUGCAGAAGCACGGUGCGGAUGUCUGCCGAACAGGUGCAGGGCGUGUGGGUUCGCUGCCACUGGUCCUCCAGCUCUGAGUCUAACAGCAGUGAAGAGAUGUUUUUGGGGGACAUACUGGGAUCCUCUAAAUGGAGAAACAACUACCUACUUGGUCUCAUUUCUGACAGAUCCAGAAGUGAAUUUUAUGAGCGGUCACUUGAGAGCCCGAGAGGGAUCUUUCCUCCUGGGAAUCGAGGGUACCGGAACAGGUGGCACAGACUUCAAGAAUAAACACUGGCUUUGAGUAAUAGCUUCAAGCAAAAUACACUGGAAAGAAUAGAAGUGCCAGAGAAGAAAGAUGCUUCAUGAAUUGUGUGAUUUUUCUUUUGAUGGGUUCCAGUCCUUAAUAAAUGCUUUAUUCUUCCUCUUU